AUGAACACGUCUGAAAAGCGCCGUCCAGGGCCCGGCACCUCACCUGCCCAUACCUUGCGUACCGGCGCCUCGAGCAACAAUCGAAAUAGCAUGCCUGCUAUGCCUCCCCGAGCUGCCAUGGCCUCCAAUGCCAACGCGAACCCCGAAGAGACACUUGACACCACCGGCGGUGCCCCGCUCAAAGAGAAGGAGAACGCAGUGACAGGCAGUGGGAGCACAAAGGAAAAGGACCGCGACAAGGAGCGCAAAGAAAGGAGAGAAAAGAAGGAGAAGAAAGAGAGGGAACGGGAACUCGAGGCUGCGUUGAAAGAGAAGGAUGAGAGGAUUGCGUAUCUGGAGAAGGAGAUGGGCAUCAUGGAACGAGAGUUCCAUCGCGAAUUGGAUAAGCUGAGCCAGAACGAAAGCGAAACAGCCACAUUCUGGCAAGCGAAGCACAGCGCCUUGAAUCAGCAAUAUUUACGGACGGAUACUGAAUUACGACUGCUACGUGCUGAGGUUGAGGUUAGAGAAGGCGAACGGGAAGAGCUUCGAGAGGGCUGGGAGGUUCUGCGACGAGAGCUCAAGGAGCGAGAUGACGAGAUUCGAGGUCUUAGGGGACAAGUGCGUGGUCUGAAAGAGUGGGUAAGUAAUAGCACAAGGACAGAUGGGCAAGAAUGCGAUGAAGUGUUUGGUGAUGGAAUGGCAAGGUUAGGCAAUGGAUUGCAGAACUGGGUUAUUGUGAACUUUCGCAAGGCCAAGAUAAACCUGGAGGCCCUGGAUGAAGCAACGUUGGCGGAGGUCAACGAUCUUGUGCCUAUGUACGAGGAGCUUGCAUCUACACACAAGGUUUACCUCUUGCAGUCUAUUGUGUCAAAGAUAUUAGUCGAGAUGGUCUUUGACUCCUACUUUUUCGGUCUAUCAGAAGCGCAAACACAACAGUUUCGGCAGCUGGAAAAGCUCAUUUCUUCAUACGCCGAUUCCGACGAAGCCAUUAACCAAUGGCGCUCCUCUACCCUUUCACUUCUCCGACGAGAUGGCUUGUCUCUCAAGGAAUCAACAUCAUCCGUCACAGAAGCUAUCCUAAGCAGAAUAACCCGUAUCCUCGACGCCCUUUGUGGCACAUCACCGUCCGAGGCUCGAGAUAGUGGGCUACGAGUUCUUGUCAACAAUUCAAUCGAGCUUGCGCGCCUUGUCGCUGUUCAAAAAGCCGUCCUACGCGUCAACAUGCCCACGGUUUUACCACAUCAAAGGGUCGUGUUUGAGUCAGAGACAAUGGAAGACUUGGGUGGUGAGGAUGAAGAGUCCCUGACCGGGAGGGAGAUCUGUUGUGUUGCUUUUCCUGGAGUGAUAAAGCAUGGCGAUGAGCAUGGUGGGCAUUUGCAAUAUCGUAAUGUGAUUCUGAAGGCAAGGGUGCUGUGUAGCCCUGAAGAGGGUUGA